GUUGAUCAGAAAUUGCUUACGCUGCUGCAUUUCAAUCUCGUCAGGGCGUUAACGGAGUUGGUGCUUAUAUUGAGGUUAGAUCCUGAUAAGAUGAACGAUGAUAUUGAGUCGCCGUGGAUCGAGGGAUCAGACUUGGCCGUUGAGAAUUUGCCGGAGACGAUGCGGCCGACAAGGCUUCAGAGGGAGAUUCCGCAUCAUCCUGAGGCGGAUAUGUUUCCAUUUCCUGAGUAUCGUGACAAUUUGAUUCUUGCAGGGAAAGAGGUCGAUGAUGUGGAGUUGUGUAUGGAUAUCUUGUAUGGAGUCGACCCGGAGGAGAUUAGAGGAAGUGCGAGUGGGAGGACGGGAUUGAUUGUUUGGGAUGACCCGUGGUUGCAGACUAGUUGGGAAGUGGAGGAGGGAUUCGCAAGGAAGUGGAAGAGGCUAGUGGGUAACUGUGGUUCAUUGAUUAACAGUACGAAUUAUUGGAGGAGGAGUCGAGGCGAGAAACCACUCUUGUUAGAC